UUACCAAAUACCCUCCAUUUCUCCUCAACGAAUCUCUCUAAUCCCGUCGAUUAGUCAUCAAAUCCGGGAUUAUUUAGGGCUGCCCAUUUCGUUUUCUCCAGCUUUCUGAGGUCUGAUCACUAGCUGGAGCAGUGAUCUUUUCACACCUGAUAAACGAUCGGCGAGCCUCUUUUUCCCGAUUUUGUGUAUUUUUUUUUUUUGGCUUACCUGGGGUUCAAAGCAUGUAAAGCUCGAGAUUACGAACUCAACUGCUGGCGGUGGGUAACGAUCUCUUGCCUCGUUUGGUAUCUUGCUUCUCCUCCUGGUGGGGAAAUCGUUGCAGACUGCGUGGGAAACAUGGCUCGGAGUAACGAAGUCAGCAUCAAUGAAAGCAAGCAGAUGGUGGUCCCUUUGAACACAUGGGUCCUAAUAUCCAACUUCAAGUUAGCAUACAACCUCCUCCGGCGGCCAGAUGGAACAUUCAAUCGCCAUUUGGCCGAGUUCCUGGACCGAAAGGUCCCUGCCAAUGCAAACCCUAUUGACGGGGUGUUCUCAUUCGAUGUGAUUGUUGAUCGAGCCACAAAUCUCCUCUGCCGAAUCUACCGCCCAUCCGACACUGACGAGCCGCCAAAUGUUGCUGAUCUCGAGAAGCCUGUCAAGUCUGAAUCUUCCUCUACCGUCCCUGUGAUUGUCUUCUUCCAUGGUGGAAGCUUUGCACACUCAUCUGCCAACAGUGCUAUCUACGACACAUUGUGUCGAAGACUAGUUGGUCUGUGCAGAGCCGUGGUGGUCUCAGUAAAUUAUAGGCGUGCCCCUGAGCAUCGGUAUCCUUGUGCUUAUGAUGAUGGCUGGACAGUUCUCAACUGGGUCAAAUCGAGGGCAUGGCUCGAGAGUACAGACUCGAAAGUUCACAUAUUUUUGGCUGGAGAUAGCUCCGGUGGGAAUAUUGCUCACCAUGUUGCUUUGAAAGCUGCUGAAUCGGAAUCGGGUAUUGAAGUGUUGGGGAAUAUAUUGCUUAAUCCGAUGUUUGGUGGGGAAUUGAGAACUGAAUCGGAGAAGAGAUUGGAUGGGAAGUACUUUGUUUCCGUGCAGGAUAGGGAUUGGUAUUGGAGGGCAUUUCUUCCUGAUGGUGCUGAUAGGGAUCAUCCAGCUUGUAAUCCAUUUGGUCCAAAAGCUGCGAGUCUAGAAGGGGUGAAGUUCCCCAAGAGUCUUGUUGUUGUUGCUGGUUUGGAUCUUGUGCAAGAUUGGCAAAUGGCUUAUGUUGAAGGGCUGAAGAAGGCUGGGCAACAAGUGAAGGAUUUGUAUCUUGAGAAGGCGACAAUAGGGUUCUACUUGUUGCCAAAUAAUGCUCACUUCCAUACUGUGAUGGAUGAGAUUAAGAAGUUCGUGAGUUCUAACUGUUGAUAAAAGAAAAAGAAUCUAACUUUACUUUGCAGCAGUAGCAGCCAAAAAGGCGACAAGGAAGCUUUGACAGUCUUUUCACUCUGGUUUUUUUCUUUUCCUGGCUAGGGUUUUUAGAGUUUGCUUUUCUGUUGAUAAUGUGAUUGUGUAGUAUUACCUGCUUACGGGUGCCCAUUGAUCCUUUUCGCCAAUUGGGGUUUUCUGGCUCCCGGUUGUUCUUGAUUCAUGAAGGAUAUGAGUGCAGGAAGUGGCUCAGCAUCUAGCUGGCUGACUCAGGAUUUGUUGUCUGUUAUACCGCCGGAAUCGGUUUGAGAUUUGGGUGACGUAGCUUGAAGUAGCUUUUCUCCAGGGGAGAUAACUGUUACUGCAGCAGUGCCAUUAAAGAAGGUUUCAAGGUUUACCCUUUUGAGGACAGGGUUCACUUGGUUAGGUUGAUAUGUUGGCUAAUGUUAUAUAGCUAAUCUUUAGAGAGAGACUGGAUGUUGUGGUAAAAAGAGAGAAGGAUCUCAUCAAUGGUAGCAUUGUCUUCACGUUUAAACUUGUCGACGAAUGGCUCGACUGCUGAUCAAGAAUUGGAAGGUUGAGCAGAGAUUGCUUUGGAAUGAGAUACUGAAUCUAUUUGGAAUUGGGCGAAAGGAAAGGGAGGCAUGAAGCAGAGAGGCAGGAAGAAAGUCAAGUGGCAGAGCCACUGCAAAACUUAGAACAGGGCCUUAGGAACGCAAGAAAACGAUAACACAACCGAAAAUUGCAGCCCUUAGCUGUUCAUCCGAGGCACUAGCGGAGAGAAGCUGACCCCCG